CUAUCAAAUGACCCCGAUGAUGUCCGUAUCUUCCUACGAGCUUUGAUUUCUCCCUGGAGGUUCUACCGACCGGACCAGGUUGUCGGCUUCUCUGUCGUGUCGAGCCUGAUUCGCCUCGGUCAUGAAUAUGGUGCAAAAGACAUUCUAGGGAACGCACUCGAGCGGCUGCAAAGCCGCUACAGCGGCAACUACGAUACAUGGCUCGAUGCAUGGCACGGCGCGCAAGGACACAACACUACGCCUAUGAUGACUGCCAACCCACUGAUGCGAUCGCCGCCGUCAACCUUGCUCGCCUGACAGCACCCAGCCGUCCUGCCCAGCGCCCUCUACGAAUGCUCGGCUCUUCCGACGCAGUCGCUUCUGCAGGGCGUACAGCGCGGCAGCGAUGCCACGGCAAUAGAAUCCUCAGCCAGGCGGACACAGUGCGAUGUCUGGACGCGCGGAAAGCUCUCGUUCACGAUCAUGUCGUCGCUGCGCUGCGUAUCUUCGAUCCCAGUGUCAGCAUGCCUUGCGAGCAGCCAGCGGAGUGUUCCUCGAUCCUUGAUUCCCGAUCCGAGUGGCUGAGGACGCAGGAUCACUGGGAAACCGGGCUGUUUGAUUGCCUGACAUCUCGGACUGUGCAGGAAUUCGUUCGCCACGAACCCCUUUGUCAGGCGUGCGAGCAGAUGUUGGAGGUGCGACAUCGUAGGGAACGACUCAAGAUCUGGUCUCAGCUACCCGAAUACUUUGGCGUAGACGUCCCAGGCUGGGUCACUACGGCAUAGCCUGAGGAAUCUGCUCUAUUUCAGUUUGAAUAGAUGAGUAUCAUAGCAUCUACGUAGGGCCGAGCCGUCGCGGUGGUGCCGUAUUGAGCGGCCUCUUCGCCU